GCAGCUGGAUCUGAGCGAGUCGUUCUCGCUGAACGAUGGCGCAAACUACAAGAUGAGUUUGGUGGACGCGCAGAUCCCUGUGCUCAAGGAUCAGGCGCUGUGGUCUAGUCGGGACAAUAGUUCCUUGUUCCUGUAUGGCGGGCGCCGGGCAAGUAAUAUUAGUUUGGAUGAGAAGGUGUGGAAGUAUGGGGUCCAGGAGGGGAAGUGGAAGGUGCAGGAGACGAGUGCGGUGCCUGUGCGGUAUGAUGGUGGAGUGGAUGUCGAUGUGCCUGAGCUGCAGAGCGCGUACUGGCUCGGUGGGUAUCAGGACUCCUCGACAACAACCGCCAUCACCGAUAGUCGGCGGGUAUAUGCGACCAGACUGGUGGAGUUCAACACGACGACCGGCGAGAUCGCGGAGUUCGAGGCCCCCGUCACGCCUGUCCAGGACGGGGCGUUGGUGUAUAUCCCCGUCGGAGAGAAGGGGCUGCUGGUGUUUCUGGGCGGGGAGACGCCCUCGAUGAUCAACGGCACCAAUGCGACUAUGGCUGUGAAUAGCUGGAACUAUGUCCAGGUCUACGACAUCGCCUCCGGCAGCUGGUACAACCAGUCGACGAGCGGCAGCGUGGCCUCGCGCACGCAGUUCUGCGCCACCGUCCAGCACGAUCCGGCCUCCGCCUCGUACCAGAUCUAUGUGCUCGGCGGCGCCGACUAUCACUCCCAGGACGUGGUCACCGACGUGGACUACCUCUCCAUCCCAUCCUUUAAGUGGUACAACGCCGCCGGACUCAGUGAGGGCCGGAUGACGCUCAGCUGCCAGGCCUAUGGAAGGCAGAUCUUCGGGGUCGGCGGCCGUCUCGCCUGGGCUGACGAUUCAGACGCCGGUUGCUACACCAUGCCCGCGUUUAUCUACGAUGCGCAGUCGGAGGUGGUUCGGUCGGCGUUUGACCCCGGGUUAAUGACAUACUCUCUCUCCUCCGCUACCGCGGCGGACAUCAAGGCCUCGCCAUACCCGUCCAGUUGGGCCAGUCCAGCAUUGAAGAAUCUGUUCGUCUCGCAAACCAAUACUACAUCAGCAACAGCUUCGCCCUCUCCGACGAGCAGCAGCGGAGGAGGCUCACAAUCACACGCAGGAGCGAUAGCCGGCGGAGUGGUGGGCGGAGUGAUCGGUCUCGCUCUACUCCUCGCCUUGGGGUAUAUCUUCCUCCGACGGCGGCAUCGGGCUGUGCCCCAGACGGAGGAAAGCUUGCCGGUUGCUACAGGUAGUUGGGAGAAGGCAGAACUCCCCACCUCUGGGCAUACAGUCAGCGAGGUGUCGGGUGAAGCGGCGGCGAGCGAACUGGAGAGCGAGCAGCCUAUGACACGCCACGAGCUGGCGGGGGGCAAUGAACCUGUUUAUGAGUUGGAUGCGCAGGGAACGGGUCAGAGAUAAUGCUGAUUGUUCUUUUUUUUUUUUUGGAACACAACAGCGUCGAUGUGAUGCCACGAUGUACAGUGAAAAUGG